GGCGGUGACUCCAGAGCUGGGAGCCUGGCAGCGUCCUCACCCCGGGAAGGCAUGCGCCCCUCUGCGGGCGGCCCAAGCCCUGGGCCCCCUGCCCCCGGAAUUGCCCAAGACGCCGGGUGACUCCUCCCCGGGGACUCUCCCACUCUGGGACGCGUCACUUUCCCCACCCCUGGGUCCGGACCCCGGCGGCUUCUCGCGCGCGAGCCACGCGGGGAACAAGUCGCGGCCACCUGCUCCGGAGCUGGGGAGCCCGGGCGCCGUCGGCCCGCGCGUCGGUUCGUGUACCCCGGGCCCCAUGGAGCUGCGGGUCAGCAACACCAGCUGCGAGAACGGUUCUCUGCUCCACCUCUACUGCUCCUCCCAAGAAGUCCUGUGCCAGAUUGUCAGUGACCUCAGCCCUGAGGUGCCCAGCAAUGCCACCUUUCACAGCUGGCAGGAAAGGAUCAGGCAGAACUAUGGCUUCUACAUCGGCCUGGGCCUGGCCUUCCUGUCUAGCUUCCUCAUCGGCAGCAGCGUCAUCCUCAAGAAGAAAGGCCUCCUGCGACUCGUGGCCACGGGAGCCACUCGAGCUGUGGCUGCUGGAGAAGUUGCCAACUUUGGAGCCUAUGCAUUUGCACCUGCAACAGUCGUCACACCUCUGGGAGCACUGAGUGUCCUCAUAAGUGCCAUCCUCUCCUCAUAUUUCCUGGGGGAGAGUCUGAACCUGCUGGGGAAGCUGGGCUGUGUGAUCUGUGUGGCCGGCAGCACAGUGAUGGUGAUACAUGCCCCUGAGGAAGAGAAGGUCACUACCAUCAUGGAGAUGGCUUCCAAGAUGAAAGACACAGGGUUCAUCGUGUUUGCUGUGCUUCUGCUGGUGUCAUGCCUCAUCCUCAUCUUUGUCAUCGCCCCACGUUACGGGCAAAGGAAUAUCCUCAUCUACAUCAUCAUCUGCUCUGUGAUUGGGGCAUUCUCCGUGGCUGCUGUCAAGGGACUGGGCAUCACCAUCAAGAACUUCUUCCAGGGGCUGCCAGUUGUCCGGCACCCACUCCCCUACAUCCUGUCCCUUAUCCUGGCACUGUCCCUCAGCACUCAGGUCAACUUCCUCAACAGGGCACUGGACAUUUUCAACACUUCCCUGGUGUUCCCCAUCUACUACGUGUUCUUCACCACGGUGGUCGUUACCUCAUCCAUCGUCCUCUUCAAGGAGUGGUACAGCAUGUCUGCUGUGGACAUUGCGGGCACCCUCUCGGGCUUUGUCACCAUCAUCCUGGGCGUGUUCAUGCUGCAUGCUUUCAAAGACCUGGACAUCAGCUGCGCCAGCUUGCCCCACAUGCACAAAAACCCACCCCCUUCUCCUGCCGCAGAACCGACUGUCAUUAGACUGGAAGAUAAGAAUGUCCUGGUGGACAAUAUAGAACUUGCCAGCACCUCAUUGCCAGAAGAGAAACCCAAAGUAUUUAUAAUCCAUUCUUGAAGCUUGGAAUAUGUGAGUGAGACGAUGAGCCCGAUGGUACAGCCUGACCUCCCAAUUUCAAAACCACCUGGUUAUUUUCCAGUGCAACUGUUACCAAUGGGCUCUCUUUUCUUGAGAAGUUCAUUUAUACCUCAUCACUGUUUCCAGGAGAAAAAUCUCUACCCAAAUAGCAGUGGUGGCAGAACUUCCUGGAAACAGACUCAGUGACCAAAUACCCAAGUUUACAUCAGUGCCUGCAGGUCCCCCGGACCUCCCUUCUCAUUCAUUCUUUCGGUGCCAUCUCUAUGCCGUUGGGAAGAAGAUGGAGUCUGACCCAUUGAAUGUAGCACAGUCCAAGGACUUCCCUGAGAUAUUGGUCAUUGGGAGUUCCUUCACACCAAUUCUCCUCCUGAGACGGAAUCUCCGUUGUUGUUGUUUUCUAGCCCAAGGAUGACAUAGAGCUGGCUCCCAGAGGCCCAGAGAGCAAUUGGCCAUGCCUCCCUAUCCAGAGCUGACAGGGACACAACCAAUGUAAAAUAUCCUGUUGCUCUUGUCACUUCCUCUUUGGAGGCAGAAGCAAGACCUCAGCUGACCUUCUUACUGUGAAAGCCACUUGAUGUCUCAGGGAAAAAUUUCAACCAGCUCAUUCCCCGAGCACUCCAGCCUAGCAGUCAGCACCUCGGCAUCCACCCAGUCCAUCCCACCAUCACUCCUUCCCCCUCUACUUACAUCCUAAGGAGUCAGUCACUGAGACAUAAAGGCAGUAAUCACAGAACUGGAAACAAAACAAUAAUAGAGCCACAGCCAAACUCUGGUGGCCAAACCCAGUGUUUCAUGUUGUCUUACUCUGAAAAAAGAACAGCAAAUUCACUGCUUCAAAGUGGCCUGGCUGCCAAGCUAGAAUUUGGCAGAACGCGCUUUUCUAUUCCUCAAGGAGUCAACCAAUCUGUGAUCUGGGGAGGUGGGAAGAGGAUGAGGAGCAAAGUUGGGAUUUGGCAGAAGGCAGUCCCAGGCUCUCUGGAUACUAGGGACUAACUUUUGUGUUGACUCUGGUGCUCAUCCGGGAACUUAGGAGAAAAGAGCUCAGGGGUAAUUUCUGGGCUGCAGCCUUAAAGGCUUGGACAGUGGGAUCAGCUGUGAAUCUCAAUGGCCAAGUGGAGGUGCAGACUUGGCAUGGGGUGCAUUCUAGCUGUUGACCAGAUUGCCACCGAGUCCCCCGCUCCACUGAUGAGCUGCCCACACUAGGAAGCAGCAUGCUCUGACUGUUCCAACACCACCUGCUAUGGGGAGUACCUUUGGUCCCCUCACAUUUGGCCAGAGGCAUACAAAAAACCAGAGCAGCUGGAGAGAGAGAUAAUUACUAUUCCUUCCCAUCCCAUCUCCCUUCUAGCCACAAGAGUGUGGGGGUUGGAGAAGAACCAUUAGAAAGGGAAAUUAGUGGGCUGGUAUAUCUGGAAAGAGGCAAGACUUGAUCCUCAGCCCCGAGGUUGGUGCAGGGCCUCCCCUGUGUGACUGACUCUACCUGCACUCUGUGUUUAUAUCCUGUGCCCUAAGUGGGCCAAGCCCAGGUAAAUUCCUGCUGGCCUUGGAGCUCCAAGGUUUGGCUGACCAGCAGACUUCCUCCCUGACUCUUCAGCCUCAAAUCCCCAGUUUUUGAUGAAUGUGGCUUUCCGUCUGUAAUUAAAAGCAAUGCAACAAGUUGGAUCUUGAGAAUGGCAGUAAACUGAGGGCCCUAGGAGUGUGGUCUGCAGGGUCAAGAAUAAAGAGUACAGAUUAUAUUUACUUGA